AUGCUUCGUCACCGCAGUUCUCACGAGCCAUCAGAGAACAAAAGAUUUACCAAAGCUCAACGAACGAGCAAGAGCAAAAGUCCGUCACUUAAAGCGACACCAAGAGGAAACAGGCCUCAAAAACGACACCAGGGGAUCUCGACUGGAACAAACAUUGAAUUAUGUCGACCGUUUACAAGACUAACACCUCCCUAG